CAUAAUGUAGCCUACGCCUCGAAAAGCGGCUUGUUCCGGCUUUGACACUUUACAUCUGUAUCCUUACACAGCACAGAAGAGAUAGUACCUACAAGAGGGGGAACACGGCUCUUAAUUAGAGGCCAUGUUUUUUGAAAACAUGUUUCUGGCGCUGGUCUGGUUUAAUAUUUAAAUACUGUUGCAGUGGCUUUGCUGUCUUUUUCUGUUGCUAGCAUGUUACUAUUCAGUAAGCGGAGGAAUACAAGUUCGAGGGAGCUUCUUAAUUUUGACAGGAAAGAGUGAACCCAAGUAAACAUGUCGUCGGAGAGGGAGGAAGUCUUGGCUAGAAUUGAAACAAAUGAUAUUUUUAAUUCAGUUUUAUGACCCGUGGUCUUUUGCCUUUUUAAGUGAAUUAUUUUGCUUCUGUGAAGUUACAACUGAUACAGUUUUUUUUUCUAGCUGUCGACGGAAAAAUGGAUGUUACUCUUUUACUUAGUGCCUGAGCUGGCAGUAGAAUAGCGUUAUGCGGGUUCACUGAAAGAAACGUGAAGCAGCUGACAAGAUGCCUGUGCAGGCAGCACAGUGGACAGAGUUUUUAUCUUGUCCAAUCUGCUACAAUGAGUUUGACGAGAGCAAGCACAAGCCGAUCAGUCUGGGGUGUUCACACACCGUCUGCAAGACCUGCCUCAACAAACUGCACCGCAAGGCAUGCCCCUUUGACCAGACUGUCCUCAACACAGACAUCGAUGCACUUCCUGUCAACUUUGCACUGCUUCAGCUAGUGGGUGCCCAGGAACCAGACCAGCAGACAGUACAUUUAAGUAAUGUGGCAGAAAGUAAACAUUAUGAGGCUGCAAAGAAGUGUGUUGAGGAACUGGCGCUCUACUUGAAACCUAUAAGUGGAGGGAAGGGAGUUGCGAGCCUGAGUCAGAGCUCGCUGAGUCGGCCGAUGCAGAGGAAGCUGGUGACGCUGGUGACCUGUCAACUGGUGGAGGAGGAGGGCCGAGUGCGAGCGCUGAGAGCCGCCAGGUCGCUGGGGGAGAGGACAGUCACCGAGCUCAUCCUGCAGCACCAGAGCCCUCAGCAGCUCUCUGCAAACCUGUGGGCUGCUGUCAGGGCUCGGGGCUGCCAGUUCCUGGGGCCAGCUAUGCAGGAAGAUGCUCUCAAGCUGGUUCUCCUUGCACUAGAAGAUGGCUCGGCCCUUUCCAGGAAAGUGUUGGUCCUCUUUGUUGUUCAGAAGCUGGAGGCUCGAUUCCCUCAGGCAUCCAAAACCAGCAUCGGCCACGUCGUGCAGCUUCUCUAUCGUGCUUCCUGCUUUAAGGUCACCAAAAGGGAUGAAGACUCUUCUUUGAUGCAGCUAAAAGAGGAGUUCCGGACGUACGAGGCUUUGCGCAGGGAGCACGAUGCACAGAUAGUUCACAUUGCCAUGGAAGCUGGGCUUCGCAUCUCUCCUGAACAGUGGUCUUCCCUUCUAUAUGGUGAUCUGGCACACAAGUCACAUAUGCAGUCUAUUAUUGAUAAACUCCAGUCACCAGAAUCUUUUGCAAAGAGUGUUCAGGAACUGACAAUAGUCCUACAGCGGACAGGAGAUCCUGCUAACUUAAACCAACUAAGUCCUCACCUGGAACUUUUAGCUAACAUUGACCAUAAUCCAGAUGCUGCACCCCCAACGUGGGAGCAGCUGGAAGAUGUCAUGGUGGCUGUGAAGACAGUAGUUCAUGGACUUGUGGAUUUUAUCCAGAACUUCAGCAAAAAAGGGCUUGAAACACCCCAGCCACAACCAAACAGCAAAUACAAAACCAGUAUGUGUCGAGACCUGAGACAGCAAGGAGGCUGUCCACGUGGAGCCAGCUGUACGUUUGCCCACUCCCAGGAGGAACUGGAGAAAUACCGAAUGAGGAAUAAAAAGAUCAGUGCGUCUGUCAGGACCUUUCCUGUGUCUCAGAUUCUCCUCGGUAAAGUUGGAGUGAACAACAGCACAGCAACUACUGUAAUUGGAAGCACAGAAGGCAUGGGGAAAAUGAUCCACAAUACCAAUGGGGUUCACACAGAAAGCAGUGAACCUGUGCUUAUUCCACGAGGGGCAGACUCUUCACUCGACGAGCUGAAGAAACUUGCCAGGGAAGGCUCCAACGGCCUGACUGCUCCCUGCUGCCUAGCAGAAUCCCCUCCUGAAGAUAAGAUGGUCCCCCCUUCUAAGACUCCUGUAAACCCUGGCACAGCUACCUCAACUGUUCCUCCCUCUUGUGAAGCCAGUAUGAAUUCAGUGCAUUCUAAACCUGGCCAGUUUGUGUCCCGGGUACCUCUGUGCCCCCCUCAGCAAUCUGAUGUGUAUUACCUAGACCCCCGGACACCGGUGUCCUACGAUGCACCACCAUCCCAAACAAAGAACUACUAUGCUCCUCCGCCACCUCCUCCUAGUGUUUCAGCUUCCAUGCGUUUUGUCCGUUCCACCAAUGUGCCUGAAUCAUCUCUCCCUCCCCCAUCAGUGCCCUACACAGACCAAUACCCUUCGUUUCCACCGCGGAGGAGAAUGACGUCCUCUCCCUGUCCUCCGCCCCCCCCGCAGCAGUACAGCCACCCCACAGUGCACUCUGGGAUGUACGCUCCCGUGUACGACAGCCAGCGCAUGUGGAGGCCUCAGAUGUACCAUCGAGAUGACGUUCGAAGCAGCUCUUUACCCCCCAUGGAUGUGGUGCACUCGUCCAUCUACCAGCCUCCUCUCAGAGAAAGAUACAACUCCCUCGAUGGAUACUACUCUGUGGCUGGCCAGGUACGAAGUGAGCAGAGAGCCGUGACUUUGCAAAGGGACUCAUACAACCGAAUGCCUGUUGGUUACGAUGAGCCGUUCAGGCGGAAACCAGACCAGUGGACCCAGUGCCACAGUCAGAAGCCUCCACUGCUUGUGUCUCCAGCCCUUCCUUCCUCCGCACAGUCCCCCUCACCUUCCUCCCCGCUCUUCAAUGUGGACUUCAGCACUGAGUUUUCCAGUGACUUCGUGGGCUCUAAAUAUAAGGAGGAUGGCCAUCUAUCUCACUACUCUCCCUGGUCGUGUGGCACUAUCGGCACAUGCAUUCAUGCAGUCGAUUCCGAACCAAAAGAUGUUGUGGCCAAUUCCAGUGUGGAGUUAACAGAUCACAACAGCAGUGACAUCAAAAGACGAACGCACCUGUUUGAACCUCAGAGAAGGCUGAGAGAUGAGGAUCCUAUAAUUCCUUUUGGCGAAGGCCCCAUCAUCUCCAAGUGGGGUGCAAUUUCCAGGUCUUCCCGCACAGGCUAUCACACCACUGACCCGAUCCAAGCUACUGCUUCCCAAGGAAGUACCACAAAGCCAAUCAAUUUCAGAGACUACGGUCCCUAUAUUAAUCACAGUGAUUCCAGAUGGAGCUCGUAUGAAUCCGAUUCAUCAACUCCUAAUUAUAUGAAAAGGGAUCAGCUACGGGUCUCGGGUCUUACUGCUAAGGAUUCUUGUAACGGAGAACACUUAAGCACAGAGCUACAGCAGGCCACCAGCAAUUCUCUGUUACUUCAGAGAGAAGCCGAUGCUUUAGCCACUCAGCAGAAGUGGGCAUCACUGGAAGAUGAGCUUUCCUUCGGCCUCAUAGGCAAUAAAAUAGGAGUCAGAAACACAGAGACUGGCUUUACAGAAGAUUCAGUAGAUGCCAAACCAGACAGAGACAUUGAACUGGAGCUUUCAGCUCUUGAUGCUGAUGAACCCGAUGCUCAAGAUGAGAAUAUAGAGGAGGCUCUUUCACACCAGCUGCGUAUAAAUUCUCACAAUGAUAAACGUUCCAAUGGAACUGUUGCUGGUAAUGGAGACCAGCCGAUACAACAAGACAGAGUUACAUCCGAUAAAGUGGGGAAUCAUAUACUGAAACAAAUUGCAAUCAAUAAGAAGCAAAGAGGGAUCCGACCCAUGACCUGGUGUUUCAGCAAGACGACGACCCCUGCAUGUGGAGUCAGCUCCUCUGCUGCAGUCACGUCUGCGCUCAGCAUCAGCAAACUGGUCCUGAAAACAGCAACACAGGGAGAUCUGACUAAAUCCGCCACCAAUGGAGAGAUGCUCCUUAAUGGAAGCUGAAGGGAAAUGAUUGUUGAUAUUUGUGACAUCUACACAAACAAAUCAUUUACAAUAUUGGUUUUUAUAUUAUAGUUUUGUUUUUUUAACAAGGGGGCAUCAGAUUCCUGUGGAUUUUUUGAUACUUUAGGAAAAAAAGCCCUCUUUUAAAUUAUCAUACUGACAUGGUUUUUUAUUUUGAUUAUUGAAAUAAGGCGUUCAUUUUUCAAUGUCUUGGGAAUUUGGACUUAAUGCUUAAAAGCAGCUUUAUAAUAGUUUGGUACCGUGAUGAAGCCAUUUUUUUUAUACAGAAUGGCUAAUUUGUCAAUUGAAACAGCUCGGUUAGGAACUAGCAGGACCCUGCAUUGAUGUACCUAGUGAAAGAAAAAAAAAAACUUUACCUGUGUUAGUAUUUUAUGUUAAUGUGUUACGACAAUAUUUAACACUGUUGGUAUUGGUCUAAUGGCAUAUUUGCACAUUUCAGUGAUAUUUUGAAUCUGUUAGUAGUGAAAGAUAAAAGCUUUCCCUGUGAUGUUAUCACUCAGGAGUUUCACACUACAGCAGUUUUUAAGGUGAAAAGUACACUUUGCACUGUACAUUACUGCAUGUGCAUUGGAGAUCGUGAAGGUAGCCAGGGCAGUAAAAUCCACGUCCAGUGCCCAGCUCCCAGCUGCAAUUUAACAACGUGUUAGAAAGUAAAAAGGGAGGUCAGCAUCUAUUAAAUUAUUAAGAGAUAAUCACCUUUUAAUGCUUCUUGUAACCCCACAGUGAAAGCUGUCUUUCAGAACUGUUUGCACUGACAAAAACAUUAAUACCAAAUCCACAGUAGUUAUUGUCACUGUUAACAAGUGUCUUUACUGUCCAUUUAUAAUAGCAGCAAUGAAUUGUGUAGAUCAAAGUCUAAAUGGUAAAUUAUGAUAGAGCUAUUUUCAAGCAUCAGGUAACUGCAUUAUUCACAGGUAAAUCUACUUCACAGUUAAAUGUGUGCAAUACUGUUAUUUAUUUUGUUUUUACUUUUGUGGUACACCACUAAUCGAAUUGUAGACUCGUUUAAAAAAUGUAAGCAUUAUCACAUUUCAUAAUAUACUUAAUAUUUACAAGAAGUUGUAUGAAAUGGCACUAAUGCAGCGAUGUAACACUUGGCAAGCUGAAGUCGUUUUCUGGUUCUUCAGCUAAAUGAGUCAUUUACUGCACACAGCCCAGUUUAAAAGAAGAUAGAGAAUAAUUAUAUAUUGCCUUUGAGUCUGUAUUGUCAACUUUUAGUCUUCCUCCUUCAGUCUGUUUUUAUUGUCAGUUGUUUUGAUUUUAUAGACAAACAUGUUUAUUAUGUUAUAAUAACUUCUGUGAAGUUGAUUCUAAAUUUUGUACUGCGUUUUUUUCUUUUUUUUUGUAUGUCCAUCUUUCACCAGGUUUUUUGCAUGGGGUUCCUGCUAGUUACUGUAGGGAAAAAAUAUUAAUAAGAUCAUGUUACUGGUCAACUGAGUUGGUAAAUUCUAAAAGACAACAGAAUCUUCACAAAUGGUAUUUUCUUAGUUUUGUGCACUCCCCUUUGGUUGGGUAUUUUCUCCUGAGGGCAUUUGUAUGAACGACGAUGCAUUGCUGCUAGAUGUUGAGCAGUAAAAUAGGCAAUAUUCCUAUUCAUAAUAGGAUUUUAUAUUAUAUGUGUAUGAAGAAAAGAAAUGGCUAUGAUAUUUGCGCAUCAACUUGAUAGAUCUCUUGUAAACUGUUUUUUUUUUUUUUUAAUGAUAUAAGUGACUACUGUAUAUUUCUUAAUGGCUCAAUACUGGCCAAAACUUUUGCUUAUACUGUAAGUGUUGUAAAAAGCUAACCUAUGUUUACACUGAACUUUCUAGCUGAACUAUAUAUAUAUAUAUAUAUAUAUAUAUAUAUAUAUAUAUAUAUAUAUAUAUAUAAUAUGCAUGCAUGCAUGUAUAUAUGUAUGUAUGUAUGUAUGUAUGUAUGUAUGUAUAUAUUUUUAUCACUGAAGCUUUCUCACUUCUAUUUACUACUCUGCUAAGUAUGGAACCGAUACUCUAACCUGUUUUGAAAUAUACAGAAUGUGUAUGUGUGUGUAACAGGAAGUGUUUGACGCUGUAAUCCGAUGGCCUGAUGAGAUUAUACAGAUUUACAAUCUCCUCUCUCUCUCUCUCUCUGUCAUAUAUAUAUAUAUAUAUAUAUAUAUAUAUAUAUAUAUAUAUAUAUAUAAUGUAUUCAGCUAGUUUGUUGAUGUGGAUCAUGCCAUAUAAAGAAUAUUUUUAUUUAUAAAUUGAAAGCCCUACUUGACAAAAGUUAAUAUUUAAAACAUAUUAAGCUGGUAUCAUGUAUAUUUAAUGUAUAGUAAUGGUAUUCAUAUGUAAAUAUGUUAAUAUGCUAUUUGGUGACUUGUGUCCGCUCUUUCUGAAACCUCAAAACAUAUGAACAAAUACUGUACGCAUUGUAUGUGGUUAUGUAUGUAUGUAACUGUGUGUGUGUGUGUGUGUGUGUGUGUGUGUGAAUUAAUAUAAACAAUUGGGUGAUCAUUGAAUAUGUUUUAUAUGAAACAAUCUAUUGUAUUUUUUUUUUUGUAAAGAGUAUUUUGUUAAAUACUGUAAUUGGAGAAUGUGCAUAUUUUGUUCUACAGAAUGACAUGAAAUGGCAGAAUUCAUGUAGUCACUGUGGUGAGAUUUAUCAAGUUGAUACGAUGUCCAUAUUCUAGGAUUCUCAUUUCUGUUUACUUUCUUAAUAGUAGAAGGAGAUCUAGAAACACUGUCACUAUAGCCCUCAGGGAAAAAAAAACCCUCUGUGUUGCAAAACUACUGAUGGCAUCUUCAGCACCUUCUGAGGGUGAACAUGAUAUUACAUAAGUUAAUCUUGUGUACGGAACUUUAUUAUUUGUUAAAAAUGAUUAUUUUUAUGUUUAUUUGGUUGUGCUGGAAGGGAUUGGGAUGAAUUUUUUAUACAUCCAAUUAUUUUGGGAGAGAGAGAGAGAGAGAGAGAGACCAUCUGUGUUUUUGCACCUGUCAGCCCUACUCUUAAUCGUUGAAAUAAGGUUGCCAGGUACAGAAAUCUCUUCUUUGGUGCAGUACUGCUUUACAAGCCAAUUGCACAUAUCCCAUGAACCCAUCCAGCAUCAGCCUCAAUUAAUCCAAGGCAUGGACAUGCAUGCAAUUCUUAGCUGGGCAGACAAGUACAUUAUACUGUAGUUGUGAUACAACACAUGUGGGUUUUAUUUGUACUGCACAUGCCGACUGUACGGACACCUGAAAUAUUGCGUGGUAAGCUUGCAGCAUUUGCUGUCUGCAUUUCUACUGUUUUAUUGCAUAUAUUUGUUUCCCUGGAAAUACUGUAAAAGAAGUCUUCUUUUUGUAUUGUUUGAAUUUUAAAAAUUUGCUUUAGCCGAUAAAAACGAUUGUGGAGCUCAAAUGUUAAUAUUUUUUACGUCUGUAUUAGACAUUUUUCUUUGCAAAUCUAUUGUUCGAUUGAAAUGUAAAUGAAAUAAAAGAUGGUACACAUCCAUCAUGUAUAAAGCUGGCACCAUCGAUAAGAUGGAUUUCAUGCUUAUUUUUAGGACAUACUCAGCUGUAUUUAACAAAAAAAAAUAUACACAUUAAUGUAAACAUUUUUUUUUAACAAAUAAGCAGGGAUAUCUAUGGGAAUAAUUUCUAUUCCUGCUUGUUUAUUUGAACAACCAAGUUUUGUUUUAGGAUUUGGAAAACUAGGCGGAUAGGUCUGUAUUGGUUUGUUUCCUGAAGAUGUGGAAUAGCAAAGAGUGAAUUUUUUGUGUUAAAUGUUUGCUGUAGCAGGAUUUCAUUGUUUAAAGAUGAUUGGUGGGAGAGUUUGCAGCACCUGAAAUGUAUUUGCAUGCAUACAGAAUAAAAUAUGUCCAUUGAACAAC